UUGAGCCUUCAGAUACACAAUCACACACAGUAAAUAAUAGUCACACUGAUUUCAAAUGAAACAGCGGCCUCGGCUCUACCGAUAUUACCGGAUUUUUUUUUUCGUGUUUUCCUCAACGUCUCGCCGAGAUUUUCCCCAGCGGUAUUAAAGUGCACGGAGGAGGCGGCGGUCCCUCCAUUAACCGGUAGUAAUGCGGAGUGUAGCCAGCGCUGGCUUCAGCUAAGCCCAUUCGACAAUGUCACAUAAACACCAUCAUCACUAGCAGCGCCACGAGAGCUUCACUGGAAUAUUUUUUUUCCAAAUGCCAUCGAAGACGGACGGGUGAAAACCGGUAUAUUUAAACGUCAGCUCUUUUUGUCCAUUCAGUCGAUCCAUCCCAUUGAAAAGGUCAUGAAAGCCCCCUCUUCCAAGUGUCAGUGACCCCUGAUGAGCCACUGAUCUUUGACGUGUGUUCCUGUCAUCUUCAACCCUCUCCUGCUAUGCAGCCAUGAGCUCUGCGCUAUGGAGCCAGGAGAAGUCAGCAGGCAGUUUCCGGGAUGACUGGCGCUUCUACAUUGUUGUAAAGGAGUGCACUGUGGAAAAGCCAGGCCAGAAGACUCUGCGCAUCCCACGUGGCAGCCUCGGCCAGGCCUGCCAGGAGCGCAACAGCCUUGGUCGCACAAUCCCGCCCAGCAAGGGUAAGCGCAGCCUACGCAUCCUGGACCAGACUAAUGUGGUGGUUAGCGUGGAUGAACGGGACGUUAUGGAGCUUGAGGAGAAGCUGGCAGAGCUGCUGUUCCCCAUCACCAACUGCGAAGAGCGCUACAGCCUGCUGUGCAACAGAGCACGUCUGGACAGGGCCCGCGACAUCAACUGCGGAUCAAAAGUUCGAGUGCAGUUGAGGUUCGGCGACCAGCCCCUUCCAGGCGUGGUCCGCUUUAAAGGAGCUUUGCUGCCCGACAGAGCACUGAGUGGUAUCUGGUUUGGUGUUGAAUUGCUGGAGGAGGGCAGAGGUCAAGGUUUCACCGAGGGCUCUUAUCAGGGUCAGCAGCUGUUUCGCUGUGAAGAUGAAUGCGGUGUCUUUGUUGCACUGGAUAAACUUGAGCUCUGGGAAGAUGAUGAGCUGGAGGUAGAUCGUGUGACGCUAGAGGAUAAUGACCCGGAAGUGGAAGGCGAAGGGCCGCCACUGGAGAUCAACUCUCGAGUGUUGGUGCAGACGCGGGAAGGCCCAGAACGGGGCACUGUUAUUUUCUGUGACUUACUCCCUGGCAACGAGAGUCUUGGAUACUACGUUGGUGUUGAUAUGGCAAAAUACUCCAUGCAAGAUCAGAGGCUGCCCAAAGUCUUUGCCUGCAGGGGCGGCAGUGACAAACCUGGCAGCCAGAGCAAACCAAAGAGUAAAGGGUUAGGCCUGCAGCCUGGCAGCAGGAGCAAGUCUGAGUUUUAUUAUACGCUAAAUGGCAGUUCGGUUGAUCACCCUGCCCAGUCCAAAGCCAAAAGCACAUGGUACAUAGAUGAAGUCGGCGAGGACCCGGCCAAAUCCCUGACGGACACCCCCCCAGACUUCAACCCAAGCUCGUCUCCUUCUCGAGCUCCACCCAUACCCUCCUCACUGUCCAAUGAUAACAAGUUCCACUCCCUGCCCUUUAGCUUGAGCCACAAAGUUGGCCCCAGUGGGAGCAUGAGCCACGGCCCUCUCUCCCUGUCCGCUGGCUCAGUGAUGGGGGAGCAGCAAGAGGUCCUGCCACCUGCUACCACUCCUGUCCAGAGGCCUCCGUCGCCAACACAAAGCCAGCCAGGGUUAGAGGUCGGGUCAUUGGUGGAGGUUAAAGAGAACCCACCGCUGUGUGGGGUCAUCCGCUGGGUUGGUCUACCUCCAGGACUUCAAGAGCCGCUAGCUGGGCUAGAGCUGGAGGAGGAGUGUGUGGGCUGCACUGAUGGAACGUUUAAAGGGAUUCGUUAUUUUACGUGUCCACCAAAGAAAGCUCUGUUUGUCAAACUGAAGUGCUGCAGGCCUGACUCACGAUUUCCAUCCUUACAUCAUUCACCCAACCCCAUAGAACGAUGCAACUCCAUAGCUUUUGGGGGUUACCUAAGCGAAGUAGUUAAUGAGAACACUCCUCCUCGGACAGAAAAUGAUGGUUUGGAGGUGAUGGUGGGGAAAAAGAAAGGAAUACAAGGACAUUACAACUCCUGCUAUCUGGACUCUACUCUGUUCUGUCUUUUCUCCUUUAGUUCUGUGUUGGAUACGGUGCUCCUGAGACCAAGAUCUAAGACUGAUGUAGAAUAUUACAAAGAGACACAAGAUUUACUACGCACAGAAAUAGUCAACCCACUGCGAAUACAUGGCUACGUGUGCGCCACUAAAAUCAUGAAACUUAGGAGGAUAUUGGAGAAAGUGGAGGCAGCGUCAGGAUUCACUUCAGAAGAGAAAGAUCCUGAGGAGUUCCUCAAUAUCCUGUUUCAUCACAUCCUGAGAGUCGACCCUCUUCUCAAACUUCGGUCUGCAGGACAGAAGGUUCAGGACUGUUACUUCUAUCAAAUCUUUAUGGAUAAGAAAGAUAAAGUGCUGGUGCCAACCAGCCAGCAACUUCUGGAGUGGUCCUUCAUCAACAGUGAUCUCAAAUUUGCAGAGGCCCCUUCUUGCCUUAUAAUUCAAAUGCCUCGUUUUGGGAAGGACUUUAAGAUGUUUAAUAAGAUCUUCCCUUCUCUGGAGCUUGACAUCACCGAUCUAUUAGAUGACACUCCUAGAGAAUGUCGAAUUUGUGGUGGCUUAGCUCUUUACGAAUGCAGAGAGUGCUAUGAAGAUUGUGACAUCACGCCAGGAAAGAUCAAGCAGUACUGCGAGAAGUGCAAUACACAGGUACAUCUGCACCCACGGCGUAAGUCUCAUCGGUAUGUUAAGUUAUCGGUCCCUAAAGAGCUACACGAGUCGGUUUGGAGACAGGGAUCUUACCCUCACCAGCAGAUGGAGCUAUUUGCCGUGCUCUGCAUUGAGACAAGCCACUAUGUCGCCUUUGUCAAAUACGGAUCCGCAGACUCGGCCUGGCUAUUCUUCGAUAGUAUGGCUGACCGUGAUGGUGGUCAGAACGGGUUUAACAUCCCACAGGUUUCCCCAUGCCCUGAAGUAGGGGCCUACCUGAAGAUGACCCCGGAGGAACUCCACGCACUGGACCCCAAGAACAUCCAGGGCUAUGCACGCAGACUUCUCUGUGACGCCUAUAUGUGCAUGUACCAGAGUCCCACCAUGAGCCUCUAUAAAUAGAGAAGGAGGAAUAAAGAAGGAUGGAAAGGUAGGAAAGCAAAUGGCAGAGAGAUGAGGGAACAAGGGAACAGAGGAAAGGGGCUGUAGUGAAGAGAGAAUGAGGAAGAAAAGAAAGAAGAAAAGUGCCCAAGAAGAUGCACUUGAGAUUGAAUCUCCCACAUCCAGUUACCUCAUCCUCUCUUCUGCGUCUCUCUGUACAUACUGCAGGGUAAAUACGGUCAUGAGAGUGAAGGCAAGAUCAAGAGAACGAACAAAAAAGCCUAUUUGCACUGUGUGAGAGCAUAUGUGUUUGUUGAAGUGUUGUUGUUGUUUUCUCUGAUUUGUGCCGUCUUUGGCUCAGCUCAAACUCUUGAGUGUUCAGAGCGGUGUUUUGCACGGAGAGAAUUCGCAAUCUUUCCAGCCCUCAGGUGUUUCGCAGACGCUCACUCACCUGAUGGCUUCACAUUCGCUACGCACCGCCAGAGCUGACCCCUCCAAACAGCAACACAUUCUACCCCUGUAAAUGAAACCUUGGAUGAAUGUCCAAAACAGGAUGUUUCUGUUCUGUCUGAAUGCCUCCACUCAUCACCAACCCAUUUUAAUGCACUGCAGCGUCCAGCAUUAAUUAUAGUUCAGACGCACUGUGUGUAGUCCCUGUUUUUGCCUUUGUAUUUUGCUGUGAAGUCUUUGUCUGGUGUGUUCACAUACAGCAGAGCCCUUGACUGCCAUGCACGGGUUCCAGAUCAAGACAGAAGAAUGAGAUGAUUAAGCACAGGGGUUUUUUUGACAUGAAGAAUUAUAUAAUUGAGCUUUUUCUUGUUAAAAUAGGAAUUAUUUCAUUUUAUUAUAAUAGUUUUUUUUAUAAAUAUGGAUAUUAUGUUAUUUUAAAUAUUGCAAAAAAUACUAGCAACUCCCCAGGCCAUGCUCUCAAAGUCAUAAAUUAGCUGUAAAUUACUUCCUAUAGAUACAAGCCAAAUUUGGCAAGUAUUAUGAUAAUAUUAUGAUAUUCCAAAGGUUACUGCUUUGCAGUCAAGGACGUGUUCAUGUUAUAAAAAACCUAUUUCUAGUUCCUAUUUGUAUAUGACAUGCUCUGGUUUGAGUGUUCACGGCUGAGGCUGAGUGGGCAAGCGCUGUUUUAUGCUAAACUGCAGUGCUGAUGGCUAAUUUGCAGAAACACUGUUCAUCAAGAUACUGGUUUGAUGCACUGUGCACAUUUUUGCUAUGGGUUAUCGGACUGUUUACACAUCCUGGUUUAAACUAAAGAGUCAUGAAAAGAAACUUGCAUUGGGAUCGUUUUGUAAUCUCUGCUGAUGUAACUGUACACUAUGGGAGAGAUUCUUCGUGAGCGACUGUAAUGGGAGAAAGAAUGACGACUGGUGUACUUGUGUAAAAUGAAGCCAGGUGGACUUUAUUAUAUCUGUGCUGUUCUCUUAAAUGUUAACUAAAUUAAAACGCCAUUUUGAAAACA